GCAAUUUCCUGCUCCUGUUCCGUUGUACAUAUCUCGUACAUCCUAAUCUCCAGUACAAGUGAUGCAUCAUCUUGUGUUUUGCUCCCUCUUAGCCCUAGCCGCGGGCUACGCAAACCCAGGGCCCUGUUCCGGCGACUGCUGGACCCACGACCCGGGCUUCUACCAGCGCAAGUCGGAUGGGAAAUACUUUCGUUUCGCCACGGGAGCCGGCAUCUAUAUCUCCAGCGCGGACGCCCUGACUGGUCCCUGGACGGCCGUGGGCGAAGCUCUUCCGGGGGGGUCUCAAGUGGACCAUGCUGGGAAUACAAGUUUAUGGGCCCCCGACAUCCAUUACGAAUCCGCCUCAAACCUCUACUACAUGUACUACAGCAUCUCGACCCUCGGAUCCCAAGACAGCAUCAUUGGCGUGGCAUCCUCGCCCAAUCUCCAGCCCGGAUCCUGGACCGACCACGGCGCCCUCCUCUCCUCCUCGUCGGCCUCCCCCUUCAACGCAAUCGACCCCAACUGGAUCUCCAUCGACGGCACCCCGCGCCUCAGCUUCGGCUCGUACUGGCACGAUCUAUUCCAGGUUCCCCUGACCAGCGCGACCAGUCUCGGCGGCAGCGGCGGCGCCCCGGCCGUGCAGAUCGCCUACAACGCCAGCGCGAACCACAACAUCGAGGCUUCGUUUGUGUUCUAUCGGCGGGGGUGGUAUUACCUGCUGUUUUCCUCGGGGCGGGCGAAUGGGUAUGACACGUCGCUGCCGGCCCCGGGGGGGGAGUAUAGGAUUGUAGUUUGUCGGUCGAGAUCGGGAACCGGUGACUUUGUCGAUCGAACCGGCACCUCGUGUCUCCAGAGCGGCGGAACGACGCUCCUGGCUUCGCAUGGAACCGUCUACGCCCCGGGUGGCCAGGGGGUCUUUGAGGAUACCUCGCGCGGCCUGGUGCUCUACUACCACUAUGCCGAUCCGUCGAUUGGGCUGUCGACGACGCAGUACCAGUUUGGAUGGAAUCCGUUGACCUGGGAGAAUGACUGGCCGGGGGUAUGACGGGUGAUUGAUUC